AUGGAGAUCGUGACAGGUGCAUUGAGCACCCUACUCCCCAAGCUUGCCGUGCUUCUGACCAGCCAAUACAACCUGCAGAAAAAACUGAGGGACGAUAUCACGUUCCUCAAAGCCGAGCUGGAGAGCAUGCAACCUGUCCUAGAAAGGGUUUCAGAGGCUCCAAUAACAGACAAGCAGAUUAUGAUAUGGGCAAGGGAAGUGAGAGAACUGUCAUAUGACAUCGAAGACAGCAUCGACAAAUUCAUGGUGCACAUUGAGGACAACCCAUCAGCAAAGCCGCGUGGAUUUGGGGGGUUCAUUCAUAAGAGUUUGAAGUUGUUGACAACAGCCAAGCUUCGCCAUACUAUUGCCUCAGAAAUCACAGGCAUCAAGGAGCUUGUCUAUGAGGUGGCUUCGAGGCAUGAAAGAUACAAGAUUGACACUGCCUCUUUUGUCCGACCAGACAACACAACAAUUGACCCUCGGCUGAUGGGUAUUUACGAAAGGACUUCGAAACUUGUUGGCAUCAGUGGCCCACAGGACAAGUUGAAGGAGUUGGUAAUGGAGCCAGAAGGCACGUUGAAUCGUCACCUAAAAGUGGUCUCGGUUGUUGGACCUGGUGGUUUGGGCAAGACAACACUCGCCAAUAUCAUGUAUCAACAGCUUAGAGAGCAGUUUGAGUGUCAUGCUUUUGUAUCAGUGUCUCUUAAUCCUGAUUUAAAGAAGAUUCUGUGCAGCAUUCUCCGCCAAGUUACCAAAAACCUUUAUUCCAGCAUUGAAGCAUGGCCUGUUGAUGAAAUUAUCUACAAUACAAGACUACAUCUUGAGGAUAAGAGGUACAUUAUUAUACUUGAUGAUAUAUGGGACAAAUCAGCUUGGGAUCUUAUCAAGUGUGCAUUAGUUGACAACAACUGCGGCAGUAGAAUAAUUACAACGAGUCGUGUACUUGAUGUUGCUGCGUCGUGCUGCUCAAAAGUUGAUGGUUGUAUCUAUAAACUAAAACCUCUUUCCCAUGAUGAUUCAAAGAAGCUGUUCUACAGAAGAAUAUUUGGAUCUGAAGAUAGUUGUCUCUUAGAACUGAAGGAAAUGUCAGAGAAAAUUUUAAGGAAGUGUGGUGGAGUACCAUUAGCCAUCAACACUAUAGCUAGCUUAUUGGCAAGUAAGCCAAAACAUAUAAAUGAAUGGUACAGUGUGCACAAUUCUAUAGGUUCCGGACUUGUGAAAGAAACUAGUGUGGAGAAUAUGAGGAAGAUAUUAUCUAUGAGUUAUUACAGCUUACCUUCCAAUCUAAAAGCUUGCUUAUUGUACCUAAGUAUAUUCCCAGAGGAUUAUACCAUAUCAAGAGAUCAGUUGAUCCGCAGAUGGAUAUCUGAAGGCUUUAUUCCUGGAGAAGAUGUGGUUACUUCAUAUGAACAUGCAGAAAAUUAUUUCAGUGAACUCAUUAACAGAAGCCUGAUAGAACCAGAAUAUGUUGACAGUCAUGGCAGGGUGCUAGAUUGCCAUGUACAUGAUAUGAUACUUGAUCUCAUCACAUCUUUGUCAUAUGAUGAAAAUUUUGUCACUGCAUUACACGGUGGACAAUUGUCGAGAUUGCCAAGGUGGAUCAGUUCCUCACUCUUAUGCAUCCGCACAUUAGACAUGAAGCUCAACACAUUAGCCCUGGAGGAUUUAAAAAAUCUUGGGGCCAUAGUGUGUCUGCUUGAUCUCUGUCUUAUGGUGCUAAAUGAUGAAACAGAAAGAUUGGUUGUUGGUGUUGACCGUGGAGAGUUCCAGUGUCUUGUUAGGCUUUCGUUUGUCAGCAAUGCAAUGAGGAUAAUAUUUUCAAAGCAAGCUAUGCCAAGGCUCGAGAACCUUGAGCUUGCCUUAGAGUUCAAGAGACAUGCCACCAUAAGAAUCGAUUGUUGGGGUUCCAGUGUUGAUGAGGUGGAGCGUGCUAAUGCUGCUAUUCAGAGGGCAGUGUUCUUGAAUCCCAAUCACCCCAAGCUUGAUGUGAUCAGGCAUUUUUACAAUGACAUGGUAGGGGAUGAUGAGAUAAUAAGUGUCCAUGAUGACAUGAAUGAAAUAGAAGAAGAGAUUUUGGCAGACAAGAUGGGCCCUUGGGGUGGAAAUGGUGGGGUUGCUUGGGACAUAAAGGUUGCUUCCUGUCAUUUGGAAAGUGUGACGAUUUGUAGUGGUACGAUUAUUGAUGCAAUUUCGUUUUCUUACCGUGAUGGAAAUGGGAGGCAGCACACAACUCAAUAUUGGGGCGGCACUGGUGGCAGUGCUUAUUCGAUUCGUCUUGGGGCUACAGAAUUUCUCAGGGAAGUGUCUGGAACAGUCAGGCCAUUCUUUUCAAUACCCAGCGCUGUAACAUCACUUAGGUCAAGGAAAACAACAGCAUUGUUGGUUUCUUUUGGGCGGUCAGGGGCGUACCUUCAUGCACUUGGUGUGUACGUUCGUCCUGUCUGA